AUGGUUGGGUCACAGAGGCAAAGGGUCUGGGAGAUAAACCCAGACACCCCUUUCCCCAGCAACACUGAAGUGGUGCCUCAUCACAACCAGUCAUUAUUUACACAAGGUGCCUUUGGCUCCGAGGUGUCAGCUGGUUCAGCAGCUGAACAGUCAGCUGCAGCUGGUGAUGCAGGGCUGCAGUGUGGAGGAUGGAAAGCCGCCCCCUCUGUCACCAGUUCUGGGUUACAGCCUUCUGUGGUGCACUGGUCCUCUCCUGACUGCAACCAGCAGAACUCCAGUCCCCAGACUCUGGCUUACCCAGCCACUCCCACCCUCACUGCUGAUGUGUACAUGCAGACUCUGUGCCCCAGCUACACCAUGCUGACCUACACACAUGCACCACUGCUGACUAACUUUGGGGCCUUACCUGUGGCUCCAGGCCAGUCAAGCCUCUCUCAGAUGGACCUUCCAGACUCAGGGCUGGCCUACCCCCUGUGGGCCCAGCCCCUCACCACCAUAUCUGCUCUGCCCAGUCCAGGGGUUCAGUUCUCCCCAGGCUCAGCAGCUCUGCCUGGUUCUCCUGUGGUCCACAUGCCCUUGUCCAUGUCUUUAACCACCAUGAUUCCUCAACUGGACGCCCAAGGACUGGACACCCAGUCCCACAUUGUGGAGCUCCCACAACAGUCAGAGGACCCGCUUGACCCAGAGUCUCAAGACCAGUGUCUGAAUGAGGACCUGGAGGUAGAGCCAGAAUCACCAAACCUGCUAGAUAAACUUCUGGAGGAUCAGAAGAAGCAUGGUGGUGAUGAGGACAAAGACUUAUACCCCAGCUCCCUCUUCCUGCCUAAUGUCUGA